AUGACUGUCAUUGAAACGGUUAAGAGCGCUGUGGGUCUGUCGGAGACCUCCGCAACCCGCCAGGAAAUGUCGGAAGCCCGUCUUCCUAUGCAAUACAGAGAUUCAUGUGCACACCUGCUGAUUCCGUUGAACCGAUGCCGGCAAGCAGAGUACUACCUUCCCUGGAAGUGCGAGGAUGAACGCCACUCAUAUGAGAAGUGCCAGUACGAGGAGUUCAAGAAGCGUGUGGCCAAGAUGGACGAGCUGCGUGCCGCCAAGGAAGGCGCCCGGAGCAACUGAAUUGUGGGACUGUUAGUAUGCGCGGUCGGUGCUGCUGCUGAAGCGGCAGGAUAUGUAAAUAAGAGAUACACCGAAACUGCUUAUGGAUUGCCUUUUGGCGUU